AUGGGCACUGUACGCCUGGGACUGGAGAUCCCAUCAGCACACGAUACCUACUAUGAUCACAAUGGAGACAGCUUUUCAGAACCCAUCUCUGGCUCUGUACGACUCACAGCACAGAUGGAGGCAGAGCUGCAUGGACUAGCUGAUGUACAAGUGUCUCUGGUUCUUGUGCUAUCUACCACAACGCAAGAUGAAAUCCAACGAAAACAGCAACUCUCAAAUCGCAUUUACCGUCUUCUUUCUUUAAACGCACCGUUGAACACCGUUCAGCCUACCCAAAGCGCCUCAAAUCUGGAGCAACUGACGCUAUGUCUCCCGACCGUUUUAGCCGACAGCCGUGUCGGCUACUCACCCGAGGAAGGAACUGUCUAUAAGAUCCCCUUCUUCCUACCCGUUCCCACCAACAUCCCACCAACAACGGCUACAGAGCUAGGCAGCACAACACUCUGGAUAGUUGCUUCGGCGAAGACAGCGGAUGGGGAUGUUAUUACUACCAGACAGGAGAUCCAGGUCAUUCGUCGAAUCGUUCCAGGGGGCGAUCCCAUUCACCACACUCGCACAUACCAAACCUCGAAUGUCAUCAACGAAGUGACUCUCACGCAAAAUGCCGAGACAAGUACUCGAUCGAAGCUUCCACUGACAGCCAAAAUAUAUCUCCGCCGGCCAGCUCGGCCUACUAACCGCUCGACGGAAUUCAAGUGUGUGGCCGUCCGUGGUCUGCAAUGGCGCGUUGAGGAAACCACCAGGGUGUUCACAAGAUACAAAGGCUCUCAAACAUCACCAGAGAACGGACUCUCCGAAUGCGAACCAAUUGAAGAGGCAUCAUACACGAGUGAACUAUUCCACGGGGCUGAGAGUGGUUACUGGGGGACAGCGGACAAUCCAAUGAUGAAGAACCAACCAAUACGAGAGAAGGAUUCGGCCAUCGAAAUACCGUUUGAAACCACAAUACCUCGAGCCCUGGCUCUAGCAGCGGAAGUCAACCUUGGGUGUUACGAAUCAAAUCCCCGACCGAUCAAUGAUUCCACGGCAUAUUCCCAAUCACAAGACUCGUCGUCAACGUUGGGGGAACGAAUAAUGACGGUGGAACACCGACUCCGACUUGACGUUAUUACGAGCGAGGACACAUUUGGCGCCCAGGAUAAAAAUCUUGUCGAUCGCAAACUGCUCGGGACUGCACGCGACACAUCGUUCCCGAUUUUUAUCGUCGAUAAGGCGCCCGUUGGUUGUGGAGCCGUUCUUUUACAGGCUACGCCCCCGUGUUAUGCGGAACUUCCGGCUUCGCCGCCCCGUUACAAGCCGGAUGUUUGA